AUGGCGACCUUUGGCCCAAUCCCUCUACACCAUGCUGUCACAAUUCGUCUAACCAAAAACAACUUCAUCAUAUGGCGCGCCCAGCUCCUCCCCUACCUACGGAGUACGAAGCUUAUGGGCUACCUCGAUGGCACCAAUGCCGCACCUGCCAAGAUGGUUCCUUCCUCAACUGCUGCUGAUGCUGAGCUGAUUCGUGUUGAGCUCGCCACGUCCAAGAAACGAGAUCAAUCUGCUGUAAAUUAUUUUUGCAAGAUCAAAGAGCUGGCCACCGAGCUGGCCGCCGCCGACUCUGCCUUGCAGGAUGAUGAUGUGAUUGCGUAUCUUCUCGCUGGUCUUGGCCCUGACUAUGAUCCCUUCGUCACCUCAAUGACUACCAAGAGUGAAGCCCUCACGCUUGAUGAUGUUGGUCGUGUUGAACUUCAGUUAAAUCUUGGAUCUUCUGCCAAUUAUGCUAGUCAUGGUGGUCAGCAGAAGAAUCAUGGGCGUAGGGAUCGUGGUCGUGGUCGUUCUCAAGGUUAUGCACUCUCUCGUCCUGGUGGUGAUCGCCGUGGCCCUUCUGCUCGUCUUUCCUGCCAGAUCUGCGGCAAAGUGGGGCAUACUGUUAUCCGCUGCUAG